AUGAAAUUAACACAAAAAACAAUUUUUCAAUGUUUUGAUAAAUCUCAACAACAAUCACCAAUACUCCUAGAUGAUAAAGAAGAAGAUAUAAUUGAAUGUGAACCUGAAGUACAACCAGUUAUUGAACGAUUAGAAAUUCCAUCUCGUCCAUCUGAUUUUCUUUUACCUGUACAUAUACGUCAAGAUGAUAAAUCUUUACAAAAUAAUAUAAUUCCAUUAUUUAAUCAAUGGAAAUUAAAUGAAUCAGAUAAUGAUUUGUCAUCGAAUUAUUUACGAAAUUUUCAUGGUAUUUGUCAAACAAAUAAUCAAAAUGAAAUUGAAUCAUCUAAAUUUCAAUUUAUUCGUAUUCCAUCGAAUGAACGUCAAAUGGAAUUAUUUCAAGAAUACACAACUGAUAAUUUAAGUUCUUAUGCUCAAUCAGCAAUUGAUUGGAAAUCAAUGUUUCACCAUUUACAAGAUUAUCGACAGAAAUCAAUAGAUCAAAAUCAAUGUGAACAAUUACCUUGGACAGAAAUAUAUCGCCCACGACAUUCAAAAGCUUAUCUUGGUAAUCAUACAAAACAAAUCCGACGUUUAAAUGAAUGGUUUUUACAUUGGACAAAGAAAUUACAUAAUGAUAAACCACAGAAAACUACACGAAAAGGACGAAAACGUGCCAGAGAUAAUGAUGAUAACUCAGAUGAAGAUUUUAUUGAUGACUCAAAUAUGAUAUAUUAUAAUCGAUGUCAAUCAAAACAAGAACAUCCACAAAUAAUUUUUAUUCAUGGUUCAGGAACAACAUCACUUGUACAUGCACUUGCUGAACAACAUAAUUUUAAAGUAACAGAAAUCAACGGUUCCCAAUCACGUGCACGUGCACCAUUACUUAAACAAUUAGAACAAGUUACUAGUCAUCACUAUUUAUCAUUGAAACGUUGUUCAUCAGAUACAAUCGUAGCACACGAAGCUAAACUAAAAGAACCUAUUUCAUUACCUGUAAAGAAAAAAGCAAAAAAUGAACGUGGAACAAUAAUAUCAUUUUUUAAUAAUAAGAAAAAAAGUGAUAAUAAUGAUGAACAUAAAGAAAAUACUUCUCGUCGUCGAUCAAAUUCAACAAAAAAAUCAACUGCUAUAUCAACAAGACAAAGCAAGAAAAAAGAACAAAUACAAGAAUCUAUGACAACAGAAAAUCAUUUACUAUCAUCUGUUCAUGUUGAAAAAGCAUCAUUAAUUUUUUUUGAUGAAAUUGAAACAUUAACUACAGAUGAUAAUUUUUGGUCAUGUUU